GUUGAGCUAUCAAGGAAAGCAUGGAAGAGGAAUAUUUUCUUUUGAUCUUUUUUUGUGACAACAGUUAGUGGGUAGUGGAUUUAGGGCCCUGUUCUGAGCAGUAUUGGUUCUGUGAGCUGAGAGUGCUUAGCACCUUGCAGGGAUUGAGCCUUUAACUGAGAUGUACAGGAAAUGUAGGGUUGGAACUUUAUUCUGUUGUCAUUUAUAUACCAUUAUCUGGACUGAGUACAAUCCUGCAGUUUUAGCUCAAGAACAGUCCCACUGAAGUCAGAAGGAAAUUAGAAAUACUCAACACCUUUCAGGUUCAGUUACUGUUUGGGUAGUAUAAACAAGACAGUUGAUGUGAAAUUAUACACUAAAGGCAUUCUACCUAGAUGAUCAUAGUCAACUCUGUCUCACCUUUCAGAAAAUCGGCAAGGAACAAAACUAAUAUAUGAAGUGCUGAACAAGUGGUUCAACUUGCCCUUAAUCCAUGUGAAGAUUUGCUGGCAACAUAUUAUAGAAGUUAUUAACAGUUUUUCACCAUCUCUAACAAAUCAUAUUGUGGUGUUAAAGAAGAGUCUGUCCAAAUGAGCAAAACAUCACAGCAGAACCCCACUACAGAAGCAAACGGUAUAAGUGUGAUUCACACACAAGCACACACAAGUGGUUUGCAACAGGUUCCUCAGCUGGUGCCAGUUAGUCCUGGUGGUGGAGGCAAAGCCGUGGCUCCAAGCAAACAGGGCAAAAAGAAUUCCUCUGUGGAUAGAAACAGUGAUGAAUAUCGUCAACGCAGAGAGCGCAACAACAUGGCGGUGAAAAAGAGCCGGUUAAAAAGCAAGCAGAAAGCACAAGAUACGCUGCAGAGGGUCAACCAGCUGAAAGAAGAAAAUGAACGUUUGGAGGCAAAAAUUAAGCUCUUGACAAAGGAGCUUAGUGUACUUAAAGACUUGUUUCUUGAGCAUGCACACAAUCUUGCAGACAAUGUGCAACCUAUUGGCACUGAAAACACCACCACAAACCCAGAUAACACCGGACAGUAGACACAAUCUUCAAACUUCACAACCUCGUGGACUGAACAUUAGAGGUGCAGCCCUCUCUGCACUACUUAUUCAGUACAGAGAAGGAAUGCUGUUCUAACUUUUUAAAGAUCAUCUUGUGGGUAUUUUUUGUCCUUUUAGGUUUAACACUGAAGAUUUGAUACAAAUAAAAUGUAAACUGUUUUGAGUAUGUUUUAAAGUGUUGAAUAUUUUCUGCUCUGAAAGGUUUGGUUAAACAAGUAAAAAUGAUCUAAAUGGACAAAACCAGGAGCCUCAUGUCAGUGAAAUUGGAUUUCUACAGCAGUGUACAUUCACCAUCUUAUAUUUUGCAUAUUGUAAAGAGUACAGUUGGGAGGUUUUACUGCAAUAGUGAUGGCUAAUUAGAUGAAAUAUCUGUUCAGUACCCUUUAAAAUGUAUUUCUUAAGCAGUCUUUUCUACAUUGUGUAUUACAAAACUUCAAAGGCCAGGGCAGAAAUUUGUUUUCUAAUUUGGUGGGCUCCUUCAAAUGUGUAGCGCAAGCCCUAUCCAAGAUUAUGUAGAUCUCUCUUAGUCAUAGUUAGCGGGGAGUGCCUACUAACAGUGCCUAGUAAUGGUGAGCCAGGGUGCUUACUAAUGUUUUCUAAAGACUACUACAUUCUUUGUGAGAAAUUGUAAUGUAUUAUGACUGACAUACACAGAAAAUUGGCUCACAACCUGUAAAUGGCUGUCCGGAAGCAGCAUGUAUAGGAGGUAAAGUAGAACGACAUUUUAUUUUUAUAACCCCUUUAAGCCUGUGUUCAACAUGCUAGCAUUAUUCAUAGGGUGACUUUGGGUCCUUAUAGCAUCAUGUUUUGGUCUCCUGAAAAUGUUUAAGGUCUGUAAAAUAAUUGCUUAUUAGAGUCACGCUGCUGCCAAGAUGCAGGUAUCAGGAUGAGAGUAACACGCACACCUUGACUAAAGCAAUGAAAGGGCUAAUGCAGAACAUCUGUUCAAUCACAAUGUAGACUACUUGAUCCGUACUACUAUACAAUACCAGUAAUAUGGCUGUUUAGUUUAGCAACUGAUAUCCUGCAGAAAUCCAAAGUAAUUUUAAAAAGAAAUGCCUUUCGUUUUAAUAACUGAUGCAGCAGACUUUCCUUUAGACACCAUUGCCAUGCGAAGGAGUAUCUUGAAUCUUGUUGUAUUUUUUUGAAACAAACAGUUUCUCUCUAACAAUGUUUUUUUUCUUAAAUUUGAUACGUCCCUUACUGUGACCCAUAACGCAGCAGUAUGUAUUAUACUGAGGAGUUAAACUAGAAAAGUGAAGCAGGAACUUUGAUGUAACCUUAAUUUAUUUUCAUUUUUAAAUGUUCCAUUUAUGGUAUGUGCGUUAUAUACAACCCAUGUGUCUGGCUAGUGAAUAUUACCUUAGUUUUAUUUCCCUCCUACACUACUUGUUUCCAUACUUGACUCUGUAGUAUGAUUGUGUGUAUUGUGUAUGUAUUUAGGAGGAGAACUUGGGUAAGAUCUUGGUUAGAUGCUAAGUUAGAAAAUAAAACUUUUACAAAAACUCCAUUUUGAGUUUAAACUUUUACUGCAAAGAUCAUCAAUCAAGAAAGACUUUUACAGCUUGUCCUAGUUCAUGGAAGUCUUUUACAGAGAAAUUUUCUGGUUCUAGUCGCAGCUUAAGUAGGUAGGGUUGAAAUAUCAGAAGCUAAUAAAAAUGUUUUGCCUUAGA